AUGUGUAGCCGAGAAAGCAGUUGUCUUGUUGUUGUUGACAGAGGCUUUGGAACAGCCGAUAUCAUUGCCCACGAAAUCGGUCAUCAACUAGGAGCCAAGCAUGACUUCGAAGUGGGAUCCGAGUGUGGCUUAGAGGAACAACCAAGUCGCAAGAGGGCAGUCCAAAAACUAAGCCGUCGAACUCCCGACGUUGACGACCUGACAAUCCAACGUGAUACUAUCAUGUCUGGGAUCCUCUACUUUGAACUCUACCCCUUCCGCUGGUCUGCCUGCAGUCGGGAAAACAUUCAAUUUUUUCUCUCCCGUUCUGAUUCCGCCUGUCUGCGGACACAAAACUCACAGAGGACGGCUUUCACCUCAAAACAGUUGACACAACAUAUGGGGCAGCAUAAACCAGGCCUACGUUUCACCCUGAACGAACAAUGCGCCCUGGCAAUGAGGCAACGCGGGGCCCGAUUUUGUGGACACAGCUCUCCUGUGUGCAAACAACUGCAUUGCUACGACGUCCAACGUGGAAUGUGCCUUCCAGUUGAGGCGCCUUGGGCCGAGGGCUCCCGAUGUGGCUACAAAAGGUGGUGUGUGAUGGGACAGUGUCUGCUCCAAGGAGAGACCAUUUCACCAAUUGACGGCGGUUGGAGCGCCUGGGAGGAGUGGGGGACCUGCUCGCGAUCCUGCGGUGGGGGGGUCCAAUUCUCACGUCGUGAAUGCACCAGCCCUGAACCCCAAAAUGGCGGUGAACACUGUCUUGGUACAAAUGUUCGCGUUCGCUCUUGCAACAUUCAGAAUUGUCCAGAUUCAGUGGAUCUACGCCAGCAACUCUGUGAUAAAGUAGGACAGAAGCUUAGUAAACAUUUGCAAGCUUUCAAGCCAAGCAUUGGCGGUGCAAAUGCCUGUAAGCUCGUCUGCCUCGAUGGGACCAAGGAAGUCGCGCACAACGAAAGCCUCCCAGAUGGAACUCCCUGUUACGCCCCUGGCACUGACAUCUGCAUCAAAGGGAGGUGCUGGCAAGCUGGUUGCGACAAGAUGCUUGGUUCACGAAUGGAGAGGGAUAACUGCAACGUAUGCGGCGGCGACAAUAGCACCUGCUACGCAGUCAGUGGCGAGUUCCACCACUCUGAUGCACUCGCUCCCGGUGCGAAACCUGUCGGGUUGACCAUUGCUGUGCACAUCCCUCAAGGAGUUACAAACGCAUAUAUUAAAAAGGUUUCAAGAAGAUCUACACCCUAUUCAGCAGAUGCAUACGACGACUUCAUGAUACUGAUAUUCGAAGAGCUUAAGACUCGGAUUCGUCGAGGCGAAACGCGGGAACCUUUCGCUGGGGCCGAGCUCUAUUACAGUGGCAGUCGAGGGAAGGAAGAAAUCGUACAUAUCAAGGGCCAAAUCAACAAAAACGUCAACAUUUUAAUACGAGUAGAGAAUAAGAACACCAAACUCCCACUUCCUGACGUGGAGUACACCUACUAUGUGAGCAAAGAUGCCAGCGAUCACCUACGCUUUGACCCUUCGGGUUUAGCUGUACACCACUACAAUGAUCCCCUGUUGCGCUUUCUCCGAUCACCUCGCAAGGGAGCCCCAGCCGAGGAGUUAAACGAGGAAAACGUGGAACCAAAUCCUCCUCUGGAACCGUCAAAGCCCGAGCACUCCUCACAGACAAUUAAAGAGCCCAUAGGCUUCGAAUGGAAGAUGGAUGAAGUUCCCAAGGAAUGCACGAGUUGCUCAGGUACUGUGCAGAGCCACGCCUCUUGUUACCCCGUGUUCAGCAGUCAGGAGGCGUCUAAACAUUAUGGGAUUCACCCUCUCCACCCCCUGCCGCCGCGUUACUGCGGCGAGAGUUUACGACCCUCGCCGGUGACACGCAACUGCGCCGACUACUGUGGAGUGCGGUGGUCGUGGCGAGAAGUUAACGCCUCAGACUACACAGUUGCCCGGUCCACCUGCUCCGUGCGAUGUGGUGAGGGACUCACGGAGGUGCACUUCACCGCUAUCUGCGAGGAGAAAAUUCCCGAGAAGGACACCCUUCACACCAUUUGGCGUGAAAGCUCCCUCGGCGCCUAUGCUUGCAUCAAAGCGGAACUUGGUGAACCACCCGAGGAUAGAGUGGUGACCAACCGUUGCACCGGAGAUUGUAGACCUCUGCAUUGGGUCUUCUCUGAUUGGGACAAGUGUUCGGAGCGCUGUGGUGCCGGAACAAAACAGCGAAGUGUGACGUGUGUGGAUGAUGUGAGCAACCACUGGCCGCUUACCGAGUGUCUGCAGCACAUCUCUACAGUCGUGGUGGGCAAACUCAACGGAGUGGAUGGGUAUGUGGGUACCGAAUUGGCUGAGUGCUUCGAGGUGGAUGCCUGUGGGGGUCAGUUCAUGUGGAUCACAACUCCAUGGUCCGAGUGUCGUUCCACAGCCUCUUACAGUGAUAUGGGCAGCCUAUGUCAUUCUGCGCUGAGGCGCCAUCUUGAUGGUGACAGUCAAGGUCUGCCCAGCACCUCUGCUUUCACUGGCUUCCAGACACGAACCAGCAGAUGCGUGUUACGCUCUGCCUCUGGCGAAGAUGUUAAGCAUGAGGCUCCGCAGCAUUACUGCGAACGUGCACACGCCCUUAAGCCCCCCGAGCAACAGGCCUGCACUGCAGAACUCACCUGCUAUCGUUGGACGACUUGCUCCACCAACUGUGGGGCAGGCCAACGUGUAGGGCAGCUCUCCUGUGAGCAGAUUAGUCUUUCACGAGGUGCAAGACCCAACGUGACGCCUGUGGGUGAGACUGAUUGUCUCUAUCGUCUGGGCUCCAACAUCUCCCUCCAAAUCGAUAGUCGGCGAGAGAACCCGACUGUUUACAUCGUGGAGAGCGGCUCGUCAGAAGAGCGUGAGGCUCUCCAACGCGUGCCCUACCUCCGCCCACUUCCUUUCACCCCAGGCAAGCCCCUCCUUCUAGCCUGCUCCAACCCUCCCUGCCACAGCCGAAGUCUCGAAUGGGCGGUCAGUGAAUGGUCAUUGUGCUCUGCAACUUGCGGUAUGGGUUACCAGCGGCGCUCCCUCCGAUGCAUAUUGGUUGAGCGACACACCGGUGCCCCUUUGAAGUCGGAGGCGGUGGAGGUAGAAGUGCCGGGGUCCGAGUGCACUGCCAGAGGACUCGCCAGACCUGCAGACAUGCAGCUAUGCGAGGCACCGCCAUGUAUCAAGUGGAGCCCUGGAGAAUGGUCCGAGGCAAGUGCAAAGGCACCUGCGAGUCUGGCACACAGGAGCGGUAUAUUCGAUGCAUUCGACAGAAGAGCCUGUACACGACUUCGCCUAAGAGCUACGAUGAUCGAACAGGAAGUGGAUCCAGCAGAGUGCAAGUAUCAGUCAAAACCUGCGGAAAAACGCUCCUGCCUUUUGGCCUCUGACUGUCCUUUCUGGUUCCAAGGACCGUGGUCAUCUUGUUCGUCCACCUGUGGAGCAGGUAGACGGUUUAGGCAUGUGGACUGCCGAUUUCCCAAUGGCACUGUGCUCUACGUCUUCGGUAGGCUAGCGCGAGACCGCAGUAUUCUUCAAAUGUCGUCCAGAAGAAGACGAAACCUUAUUACUGAAUCCAGAAAACAUUUAAACACAAUAAGGUGCUUGGAACCUCGUCCCGUUGAUAAGACAGAGUGCCAGCUCAAACCAUGUCAGGAAGAUAGGUCCUUUUGGUGGCCAGUCGUCUCGUCGACCUGUAACGCGAAAGGAUGUAUUCGUGGCUACCAGCAAAGAGAACUGCAGUGCCUCACACCCUCUUUUCAACCAGUUGAUCCCAAGGAGUGUGUAUACUCUCGAAAGCCCCUCAAAAUGAUUCCUUGCACUUUGCAAGAAUGUAAGACCUACCGCUGGCGCACGGAUACCUGGACUAGGUGUCCCUACGCGUGUAGGAAGCAUUCAAGGUAUAGGAAUGUUCGCUGUGUGGAUGAUCUUGGCGAAGAGUAUGCGGAUCACCUCUGCCAGGCUCAUUUGCGUCCUGACUCCUGGAGUAUCUGUCCUGAUGCCUGUCCAGGCAAGAAACUCACACACCUUCCGAUCAGUUGCUGGGAUCAGAAGCAGCGCCAUCCCGCCUCAUCUGACGGUCUCUAUGAGCUUGCUGUACAUCGGCAAGUGGUCAGGAUCUACUGUAGUGAUAUGGAAUCGUCCUAUCCUCGUGAAUACCUUCCGCUUCACCACCUAAACUAUGCAUCCAUCUGGCACUUCAAAGAGGCGAGUGAACAAAAUUGCUCAUCGACAAACGUCUACUAUAAAGGCAAAGUGACGGAUACCAACGUGACCUCCGGUACACCUUCCGAAAAUCAGUCGCUCGAACUAUCCGAAUUCCCAGCAGACAGCGUUACUGUCUUUAAAAAACUGCGUAUUAACCUCAAUUCCCUACAUGUAGACAUAUUUGAUGGAAGGUUCAGUGAAACGUUAGGAACGCGAUUUGUCCCCUAUGCAUCGGCGAAGUCCUGUUCGAGAGGUACCUCUCAGUUGGGGAAAUUUCUGAUAAACCUCAAAGGAACUGGUUUUACUGUGUCGAAAGAAACACAGUGGCGAACCUCCCGGUUGCAGUCAUUUGGACAUGUGGCACGGACCGGGGAUUCAAUGAUUGUUAUGGGUUCCUGCGGCGGUGACUGUGGUGGCUGUUGGCCAGACCCGUUGCUUAAACUCGAAGCAGCAGAUGCCGCAGAAAGGAGACCCCGGUCAGCCAAUUGUCCGAUUGGGUUCGGUGAAUAUCCUGAAAGCAUAAAUUACCACCGGGCCUGGGAGCUUAAGCAGGGCGGGUAA